AUGGACAUGGUACUACACAACGUUGUUGGGAUGGCCUCUCCACAUUUGUGGAUCCCAAGCCCUUUGAAUGACAUUAGGGAAGGGGAAAAAACAGACUUAGGGGAUGCCCAUCAGAAUUGUUCAUCAUCACAUGAAACGAAAGAGAGGCUCAUGGAGGAUUCCUUCGCUGCAUAUCUUGAUGUCAUCGAUGGAGAUUCUAAACAGUCCAUAUUAGUCUAUAAAUUCUGCAUUACCUGGUUGUUGGGGUUUCUGAGAGAUGUUUGUUUUGCAAGGCUUGAUUUGGCAAUGUCGAAAGUGGAUGACAUUGACAAUCUUGUAGCUGCUAGGAUAGUCUUGAAGUCUAGCUUAGAGAAUUCAAAAGCUCUUGCCUCUGCCCUGGACAGUACAGGUCAAAGAUUGGAGGGGAUGAAACAAAGAUUACCAUCUUUGGAAGUUGCUGUUAGACAUGUUCCGAGGAAAAAGAGCACAUUUUUUGCAAUUAGAGAGCAUAUCGAUCGUGCAAUUGGCCCUGCUGCAGCGGUGCUGAAGGUGUAUGAUACCAUUCAAGGGCUCCAGAAGUCAAUUUUAUCACACCCAUGUUCUGAUCUCUCAACUUACCUGCUGAUGGUGAAGCAGCUUAAGGAAUCAUUGAAAUUUCUGACCGGCAACUGUGGCCUAGCAAUUCAGUGGCUGGAGGCUAUUCUUGAGUUUCUGGAAGAUAAUGCAGUUCAUGAUGAUCUGUACAUCUUGAAUGUCAAGAAGUCAUUGGGCAUUCUGCAAGAGUUGCAUGCUACUGAGGAACGUGCUUGGCUCAGCGGGGGGAUUAUCUGUGCUGCAUUUGACAAACUCGAAAACGAAUUCAAGCAGCUUCUUAUGGAGAACUGCAUUCAUGUUGUUCUGGAUAUGGAUAUUUUCUCAUCUUCCAUUGGAAAUGAAGCCUCCAUUGCUUCAUCUCCUUUGCCAGUUGCUGUUAUACAGAAGCUUCAGGCUAUUAUUGACAGACUAGAUGCAGAUAAUAGGCUUGAGAAGUGUAUGUCGACUUAUGUUGAAGUUCGGAGUCUGAUUACCGAGAGAAGCUUUCGAGCUCUUGAAUUGAAUUACCUCGACCAGUCAAUCAGCGAAUUCGAUGAUGUGCAAGAUGUAGAGUUUUACAUAGAUCAAUGGUGCAGGCAUUUGGAGUUUGCUGUAAAGCACAUUUUUGAAAUUGAAUACAAGCUCUGCAGUGACGUUUUUGAGAAGAAUGGACCAGAAGUUUGGAUGGAUUGCUUCGCAAAAAUCAUUACGCAAUCUGGAAUUCUUUCUUUCCUCCACUUUGGGAAGAAGAUCACAAUGUGUAAGAACGAUCCGCUCAAGCUCUUAAAGCUAUUGGACAUUUUUUCGAUCUUGGACAAUCUGAGAGUGGAUUUCAACAGACUUUUUCGCGGGCCAGCAUGCAUUGAAAUCCAGACUCUGACUAGGAAUCUCAUCAAGGGAGUUGUUAAUGGUGCUUGUGAGAUUUUCUGGGAACUUCCGAUCCAAGUGGAGCUGCAAAGGCGAAGUUCUCCUCCUCUAAACGGCAGUGUUCCAAGGCUAGUAAGCUUUGUAACUGAUUACUGUAAUCGUCUACUAGGGGAUGAUUAUCUGCCACUAUUGACUCAGAUUCUGACAAUCCAACAAAGUUGGAAACAAGAGAAGUACCAAGAAGAACUUAUCACCAACCAGAUUUAUUACAUAAUAAAGCAGAUUGGUCUGAACUUGGAUGUGUGGUCAAAGGCCCACUAUGAUUUCACAUUGUCCUACCUUUUCAUGAUGAACAACCAUUGUCAUUUUUGCAGUUUGAAAGGCACAAAGCUUGGAGAUUUGAUGGGAGAAUCUUGGCUGAAAGCUCAUGAACAGUAUAGGGACUAUUACAUGACUCUUUACCUGAGAGAAAGUUGGGGCAAAACAUUUGCUCUCCUUAGCCAAGAGAGUCGAAUUUCAUCUUCUCCGACUGGUGGAUUUGUCGGAGACUUGGCCAAGAAGAGACUGAAGUCCUUCAUUGAGGAGUUUGAUCACAUGUACCAGAAGCAAUCCAAUUGGGUUGUUCCCAAUGAAGACUUGAGGUUGAAGAUGUGUAAACUUGUUGUCCAAGCUUAUGUUCCUGUUUAUAGGAGCUACUUGCAGAACUAUGGAUUUCGAGCCGAAACGGAUGCUAGUGCCAGCAGACGUGUGAAAUAUAGUGCGCAAGGUUUGGAAACCAUGCUCAGCUCUCUUUUUCGGCCGAAGCUAAGUAUGUCUGGCAGCACAAAACACAACCGCUUGAUUGGUAAAAUAAAAGAUAUUGUGACAGAUAAUUUUCGAUUGACACUUACGGCUGCAUGA